GUCACCUGAUUAAUAAUUAGGGGUGAAAUCAACAGGGCUGCACCUAAAAAAAAGGGAAGUAUAAUUUCAUGUGCACAACUCUAUAAAUAUACACUUCCUAUCUCAACCAAUUCGUAACAAUAAACAUUCAAUUUACUGUUUGGAUUUCUUGAAAAUGUGUGGAGGUGCCAUUUUAGGUGACUUAAUUGCUCAGAACAAAGGCACGGCCUUCUCAUGUACAGAUUUUUGGCCUGAUGAAGCAUUCUUCUCAACUUCAAAUAAAUUCACCAAUCAAGACUCUCAGCUUCCUAAACCAUCACUUUCCUCUUCAGGUGAUGUGCAACAACAAAAACGCCCAAAAAGACAGAGGAAGACAGAAUACAGAGGAAUAAGGCAACGACCUUGGGGCAAAUGGGCGGCAGAAAUUCGCGACCCAAGGAAAGGUGUUCGAGUUUGGCUCGGAACAUUCAGCACUCCUGAAGAAGCUGCUCGAGCUUAUGACAAAGAAGCUCGCAAAAUCCGUGGAAAAAAAGCCAAAGUAAACUUCCCAAAUGAAGAUGAUGAUUAUUCUAGUAAUAACACAAAUUUCUAUUCUCAGACCAAUGAUUUUUCAGCUUCCUCAUUUCAAGAACUACCCAUCAACACCCUCGGAUCUCAAGACCUAGAUUUUGGAUAUUUAACUAAUCCGAAUCAAAUUCAAAAGUUAUCUUCAAAUGGGUUGGUGCUAAAUGAUGAGAAUUCAACUGGGUAUAGCUCAGAAUCUGUAUAUAGUGCGCAAAAUUUGAUGGGUAUGUGUACCAAUGCAGUGAUUAAGGUAGAAGAAGAAAAGCAGAGUCAAGUAACGAUGUUGUCUGAAGAACUAAUGGCGUAUGAAAAUUACAUGAAAUUUUACCAGAUACCAUAUGUGGAUGGUCAAUCUAGUACGGUUGAUCCAUUGCUGGCUUCAUGUCAGGAUGAUGAUGUUGCCGUGGAUCUAUGGAGCUUCGAUAGUGUGGAACGGUGAAACUUGAAAGAUGGAUGAUGGAUCUUCAAGUUUUGAGGUUUUUUUUUUUUUUUUUUUUUUUUUUUUUUUUUUUUUUUUUAAUUUCGAAUAAGCCAUUUCUCUUGCCAUGUUGACAUUCACAUAGUAAAUUAGUGAUAAUAUAUAGAAGAUAGAGAUUGAUCGGAAACUAAAAUAGUUUCUAUGAUCAUUCUAGGUUGAGGUUGUUUUUAAUGCUUUUUUAUGAUUGGUUAUAUUUAUUAAAUUGUAAAGGAAAAUUGUGUGUAAUAUGUUUGAUUUAGGUCAAAAUUAGUUUAUUGGAUUGAAUUUUAAGGAUUGUAUUUAUUUGAAUGAACUUUGAAUUUAUUUGCUUUGGACAUUUAUAUGUUGGUGAUUCGGAGAUUAGGUCAU